UUCGGUGGAAGAAAAAUUUGAAAAUCGAACAAUAUGGAGGAAUCAGCGGAGAAGUCAUUACUACAACCGCAUCCAAAGAAAUUGAAAGUCCUAACGACUGCAGCGAUUUACUUGGGAAAUAUCUGUUUGGUGCAAUAGCCAGCAUAGCUUUGCUAUUUCAAGUAUUGCUAUUCGCAUUCUGCAGAUACUAUACGCCGCCGAUGUACGCUAACGAAAACUCGAAUGAAUUAGCAAGCAGAAGCGAUCCGUCACAAGGGGAGCAAGAUCUGUCGAAAGACAUCACCGUUCCUGCAAACAAUUCUAAAUUCAUAUUGGGGAUCACCACAAGACGAAUUCAACUAAUUGUUAUCGCUGGGGUCUUUCUUGGCGCCUACCAGGGUAUGGAAGUAUGUUCCUUGCAAUUUGUUCCAAUAUUUGGGCAAUACAGCGAUCUACAUAUGACUGAGUCAGCGUCUGCCUACGUUCUGAGUGCCCUAACAGGAAUGUUUGCUGUUGGACGAAUUAUUGGCCUAGUUCUAAUUUUGAAAAUGCGACCGGAACUCAUUCUAUGCAUCAACUUUGCCCUUGUAGUGAUUGCUAAUCUCAUGCUACUUAUAUGGGCCAAUGACAACUUAACAAUGUUUUGGAUCGGCUGUAUUUUACUGGGGGCAGGAUACUCGACAAUGUAUCCCAGUUUUUGUGCAUUUAUCGAAAAGUAUUUAGUAUUUACCAAUUUCGUGGGGUCAUUUGUUUGUGUCACCGGUUCAAUAUUCGCUGCCACCUAUCCGCUGAUUGUGGGACACUUCAUAGAAAAAGAUGCUAUAGUUUUAACGUACACCAACUUUUUUAGCACGCUACUUUGCAUAUUGACCAUUAUGUGGGGAUAUCUGUUGGUGCGUAAGGUCACAACUAGAGUGUAAUUCUAUUUGCGUGCUGAUACCGAAUUAGAUUGUGAAGACAAUAUUGUUUGUUUAAUUUUUUACAGACGGCAAGCAUAUCAACAGUCUUACUAUCGAAUCUAUUA